UUACACGACUUCUGCGCCACCCUACCAUCGUCUUGACUAUACCACGCGCGACACCAGUCACGAUGUUCCCCCUACCAAUUCUGCCAGUAGCGAACGUUCCUUCUGAUCUCAAUUCGACGGACCCUCGCGCUGCUCUGCGCCACGUCAAUACGCUCAUGAAGAACGACCUCAUCCGCGCCCUAAACGCCAUCCAGAGCAACGGUGCACACACGCUCCCUGGCCAGCCCAACUUCCCCGCCUUCCUCGACUACGCGGCCCGCGUCUGCGGUGUCCUGGAGUUGCACCUUGAAGGCGACCAGGAGUUCUUCACCACCAAGGAUCCUCGCGUCGGCGGGCGCUCCCUCUUUGAGGUCCUCGGGUACACCGAUACCGGAUACAUGCCUACUGCCAUCGCCGGCGUACAUGCCCUCAAGGAGAAGAUCGAGGGGUGGAAGCUGAACCCAGCAUCUUAUUCUCCUGCUGUGCUGACGCACGAAAUGGCCUUCGCCGGACCCAUGGUCGAUGGCAUGAGGCAGCACGUCGCUGCCAUCAAGGAAGACGUGCUGCUGGAGGCCACGUCGAAGGAGGCUCUGGUAGAAAUGGUCGAGGAGAACCUCAAGUGGUUCACUGGGCAAUACACAGCCGAGUUCCUCCUCCCCUUCGUCGUCGCCCACCACGACCUGGCCACGACGGACGCCUGGCCGCCAAUACCUGCGGAGGCUAAAGAGGCGCUUCCGGAGCUUGUCAAAGAGCAUGCAGAUCUCUGGCAAUUCGCCCCGUUCCACCCGCUCACCGGCGCCAAGCGCGGUUGAGGCUUUCUUUGCAUUCCCGGGAUUCCCAUCAAGAGUACUCGUUGGUUUUGCGUCCCUCUACUCCGCAUUAUAUGUUCCCUCGCCCUGCUAUGUAUCUCUCGCAACGCAUGAUCGUACUUUCUCCUCCUGCCUUAGUGCCUGUAGUGGAGACCAAUCAGACACGGUGCAUCUCCUAAUGUUAUAACGACCCGGCAAAUGGGAAAAUAGCUCAGUCA